ACACACUUUUUGCAGACUUGCACGUCGGUGAGAGCCUUUAACUUGAUAUUGUGACGACUUGCCCCAGUGCGAUAAUAAAAAGCAGAGAGCGCUGUAAUAAAGGUGGCCUGCGCGCAUCUCUCAUCGUCCUCGUCGCCUACUAGGGAUAUAACGCGGGCUGUGAGAAGCUUAUCGGAAAGCCGCUCCUUCCCCUGCGCUCCCCGCCAAAAUCUUUCUCCCCCCUCAACACCACUGCUGCAAGAGUCCCACCCUCACCCUCACUCACGCAUGCCAUGGGUGAACUGGUCCGUGACGCCGCCGCCGCCGCCGCCUCAAGCAUGGACAACAGCAGCAGCGCCAGCGCCAGCGCCAGCACGAGUACCAGCACCACCAGCACCAGCAACAGCACCAGCACUAGCGGGCGCGUCAUCGACGCCCUCGUCGCCUGGGCCACCCAACAUGGCGCCGCGCUGCACCCCUCGGUCGAGGUGUACAGCGACGCAGCGACGGGCCUCUCGCUGCGCGUUAAGCUCACUGCCAGCAAGCCCCUCGCGCCGUGGGAGCCCGUCGUCAGCCUACCAACACGGCUGACCCUGUCGUAUCUCGACGCCCUGGCCGACGAGUGCCCCGCGACGCGCCUGCAUCCGGAGCUCGUCGCCGCCGCGCCGCCGCAUAUCGUCGGCCGCCUGUUCCUCGCAAAGGAGUGCCUCCGCGGCCGGGACUCGUUCUGGUGGCCCUACAUCGAGGCCCUGCCCCGGCCCGAUGCCGACGGCCACGCCACCGCCUGGGCUCUGCCGCCGUUCUGGCCCCCCGAGGAGGCAGAGCUGCUGGAUGGCACCAACCUCGAGGUAGGCAUCGACAAGAUUAGGCGCGACGUCGCCCGCGAGCUCGACCUCGUCCGCGAGCUGCUGGGCCACUACCCCUGCGCUGACAAGUCCCUCUCCGCCUCCCUGGCCGUGAGUCCCGCCCUCUACCACUGGGCCUACUGCGUCUUCUCCAGCCGCAGCUUCCGCCCGAGCCUCGUCCUGUCCGACGCGCAGCGCGAGCGCCUGCCGAGCGGUGUCUCCAUGGAUGACUUCUCCGUCCUGCUGCCGCUCUUUGACAUUGGUAACCACGAUAUGACGACGGACAUUCGCUGGGACCUCGUCAACGACGGCGACAACGACAACGCCCGCCGCUGCGAGCUCAAGGUCGGCCGGUCCUUUGCCCCUGGUGACCAGGUCUUCAACAACUACAGCAUGAAGACAAACGCCGAGCUGCUCCUGGGCUACGGCUUCAUGGUCCCCGCCACCGAGAGCCUGCACAACGACUACACGCACGUGCGGAAGCGCACCCCCGGCGCCACGGGAGCGACUGCCGCUACCGGCGACGAGUAUCUCAUCUCGCGGCGGCCCUUUGCGCACCCCAGCUCCCUCCUCGCGCGGUCCAAGCAGACGCUCCGGCUCGCCCCGUCGACUAAGGUGCUCCGCGCGUUUCAGCACGUACAGCCGGACAUGGUCUGGGACAUUUUCUGUACGCUGACGCGCGGCAAGGAGGUCAUUCCCGUCACGAACGGCGCCAAAGGCGAGGAAGCGGAGCGGCUGCGGCGAGAGCGCUUCUUCGCGGGGCAGGUCGAGGGUUGCGAGGCGCGCAUGUUCCUCGAGCAGACGGUCGCCGUCAUCCAGCACAAGGUCCUGCAGGAGCUGGAGCGGCUCAACGAGACGGACGUGGAGAUUGUGGGCGGCGACGCGGAGCUGCUCACCAGGAACCAGAGGCUGGCGCUGGACUACAGGGACCGGUGCAGGAGCGUGCUCGAGGGCACCCUCGAGGCCAUCAGCGAGGACGAGAUUCUUAACGCGAUGCUGGACGCCGAUGAAGAGGAUGGCAGCCACGACGAUGAAGCCAGCCAAUGAUACCGGAUUUCUAGAUACUGUAUCGCACGAGGUGGGCGUACACGGCUCGCUCGAGCUCGUCGUACAGGCGCACCGCGACGGCAUCCCCGUGCGGCUGGACAUUGACAAUCAAUACGGCGGCGAUGCCCGACUCGCGGUCGAUCCACUGGGCUUGGGUUAGCAACGACACCUGCAGCGAUCGCGAAGGGGGGCCAGGGGUGGCAUCACUUACCCAGUGGCUGUUGCACGCGCCGCUCCACAUCAUGCUCCCCUUGCGCCUCUUGCCGUCCACGUCUUCCAUGUUGAUGACGCCCCCGAGGCCGUGGUUGAGCGCCAGCCCGGUCGGGAACUCGGGCGCGAACCCGUCCUGGACGCCGGAGCGGUAGACGGUGGCUUCGAGCAUCUCUCUCUGGGUGUCAUUCAGCUGCGGCUUGAGCAUUUCGUCCAGCGUGGCGUCACUGACGAGCUCGCCGGCCAGCAGACCUCGCAGGAAGCGGGCGUAGUCGUCGGCCGUCGUGUAUAGGCCCGCGCCGCCGCUCUCGACGUCGUGUUGUUCUGGCACCGACGGCGGGCCUGGCUCAAGUCCUGCCGUGGUCGCGUCGCGGUAUGAGAAGGCGACCGCGCGGGACGCCGUCUGGGGCAGCUUCUCGGGCCAGAAGCCCGUGUCGCGCAUGCCCAGGGGUGCAAAGAUGUGCGUCUGCAUGUACUCGCCGAGCGUCUGGCCCGUGGCCGCCUCCAGGACGAGCCCGGCCCAGUCGAUGGCGGUACCGUAACACCAGCCCGAACCCGGGGCGAAGCUCAGGGGCGUCGUGAAGCCGGGCCUGCUCCAGUCGAGGUUGGUGGCGCGGCGGCCGACGUGCGCGGACCACUUGGUGAGGGCCGGGUCGGCGAGGUCGUAGCCCAGGCCAGCGGUGUGGGUGAGGAGCAUGCUAUAGAUGUCGCAUCUCGCGUCAAUAUACCCGCAUCAUUGUCAUAAUCAUUAUUAUCAUCAUCAUGACGCCACAUGCGUCGUCACGUGAGGAAGAAGAGAGAGCAAAGUAUUAAGGUGACUUGCCGUAACGUGAUGGGCGUCGUGUUGGUCUCGAGCACGGGCCGGCCCGCGCCAUCGAAGCCACGCAGGAUGCGCGCGUCGGCCAGCUCAGGCACCCGCACGUCUUGGUCGAGGGACAAGACGCCGCGCUCGACGAGCUGCAUGAGGCACGUGGUCGUGACGAGCUUGGUCAGGGAGGCGACGUAGGCGAGGGAGGCGCCGGCAAAGGGGGCCGACGACACUUGGUCGUGGUCGAAGCCGAAGCCGAUGCGGCCCGCGGAUCCGGCGUAGGGGAUGAUGGCGCUUCCGCGGGAGGGCGUGGUGUCGCCGUCGAUUGUUGCUUCCUUGCUCGAGACGACGGCGACGACGGCGAAGGAGGCGCCGAGGAGCUUGUCGUGCGUGCCGGUGCCGGACGGGGUGGUGGCGGUGGCGACGUGGGCGUUGAGGAUGGCGUUGAGCUGUUGCUCCAUUGCGUACAGUUUAUUAUGCGUCGUUGUGUAUAUAUGCUUUGUAUACUUUGUAUGAAUACUUUGUAUAUGUAGACACGAUGGCUG